AAAGAAUUUGGGAGUUCUUCCAACAAUGUGUUCUUGAAUGUGGACAAGGGAUUUCCCACAAAAUGUACAUGUGGAAGUGAUGUCACCAUAUACACAUCACAGUCAAAUGACAACCCCGGACGUCUAUACUUUCGUUGUAGUGUUUCUCGAAAGCCUGGACACUUGUUUAAGUGGGUGGAAGAUGUGAUGUAUGAAGAAGUUAUGGAUUUGAAACAAAAUAGAAGAGAAUCUGAGGUUGAAGUGAACGAAUUGAUGGGUGAGAUCUUAAAUGUGAAAGAAGAAGUUCAACAAUGCAAAAGUGAGCUACGCAACAUCAAAAUCAAGAACAUGGUUGUGCUUGUUCUUUGUUUGUGUGUUUUAGCUAUUGUUAUCAUCUACCACAUCAUGUUUCAAAAGGUUGAUAGAAACACACUUGUAUUUGGUAAAAAGUGA